CUACAAGCUGGCCCAGAAGGUGUCUGCACAUUUACCUGGAUACACCAUUCUCACACACCGCACGCACACACACACACACACAUACUCAUGCUGCAGCUGCCAGACACACACACCCACACACUCACACACACAUAGUAUAAACACACACACACACACACACGCAUACACUUGCACACAACACAAGCUAAACACACAAGGGACACAGAGAGAGGAGGGGGAGGACAAACAGCCAGAAGGACGACAGACGGACGGACUGAGAAGACAGAAGAUAGAGAGAGAGAGAGAGGGAGAGGGAGAGGGAGAGAGAGAGAGAGAGAGAGAGAGAGAGAGAGAGAGAGAGAGAGAGGGAGAAAGAGUUAGAGAGAGAGGGAGAAAGAGAUAGAGAUAGAGAGAGAGAGGGAGUCACACGCUGACACACAUCCUCAGCCAUGGGCUGCUGUAACCGGAGGUGCGGGCUGCUGGCCGGAGCCGUGUUCGGGGCGGCGCUUGCCAUCCUGGGGGGCAUCCUGAUUCCGGUGGGCGACCAGAUCAUCCAGAGCACGGUGGAGAAGGAAGCUGUUAUUGUGCCUGGCACCACGGCCUACGAGAACUGGAUUUCCUCGGCAGCGUUCGUGUAUCGCCAGAUGUGGCUGUUUGACGUACAGAACGCGCUGGAUGUGGUUGAGCUGGGGGCCACACCGAUUGUGAAAGAGAGAGGCCCCUACACCUACAAAGUGCGCUACCUGGCCAAGUCGAACAUCACCGCCCACAAUGACGCUGUGUCCUUCCUGCUGCCCAACGGAGCCAUCUUUGAGCCGGACAUGUCCGUGGGCUCGGAGGAUGACUUGGUCACCACCCUCAACCUGGCCGUGGCGGGCGCCUACUCCCUCGUCCCGAAAAACCUGCACUUCUUCCUGGAUCACAUUAUUAAGUCCACCAAAUCCUCGCUGUUUCAGCGGCGCUCGGUCCGAGAGAUCUUGUGGGGCUACCAGGACCCCAUACUGAAGGACAUCCUGGGGGUCUUCUACCCCUACAACGGCACCUUUGACGGCUACUACACCGUGAACACAGGGCAGGACGACAUCUCCAGGGUGGCCAUGAUCGAGAGGUGGCAAGGUGAAAGCAAGUUAUCUUUCUGGAAUGACACAUACUGUGACACCCUCAACGGCACAGAUGCUUCUUCAUUCCCUCCAUUUGUGGACAAAAAUAAGCCUAUUUAUUUCUUCUCCUCUGACAUCUGUAGGUCGGUGUCGUCCACUUUCAGGGAGACCCAGGACCUGUGGGGCAUCGAGGUGUACCGCUACGUCCUCCCGCCCUCCACCUUCGCCUCCCCCUCCAUCAACCCGGACAACAAGUGCUUCUGCACCGAGAAGCUGGUCUCCAGGAACUGCUCCAUGGCCGGCGUAUUGGACGUCGGGCCCUGCCGAGGGGGCGCACCAGUCUAUAUAUCCUUACCUCACUUCCUCCAUGGGAGUGACUACCUGAGGCAAGACGUUCUUGGACUGAACCCCUCAGAGGAAAACCACUUCACCUACCUGGACAUCGAACCCAUCACGGGCUUCACGUUGAGCUUCGCCAAGCGACUACAGGUCAACAUGAUGUACGGACCCUCCAAGGUUAUCUCGGUGCUCAAACACGUGAAGGAAUACACCGUGUUCCCCAUUGUUUGGCUGAACGAGACGGCGACGCUGGACGAGGCGACGGCAGACAGGAUCAAGGCUGAGCUCUUCUCGCGGAUCAACCUCCUGGAAAAUGUGCAGAUGUCCCUGAUAGGCAUCGGGGCGGCCACCUUCGCCCUAUGCCUCGUGUCGUACUGCUGUGUGAGGUGUUAGGACAGCAAAGAUGUGUAGGAAGGGGAGGGGCGAAGGAGAGCGGCGGAGCUGCAUGGACCAGCUUCUGCUGGUCCAUGCACGGUGACCGUCUCAGAGUGACUCCUGUGUUUACAUCGCUCUUCAUCAUAACCUUGGACUUUCUCUGGGGCCACACGGGGAUGUGGGGGGGAAGAAAUGUGAACUUUAAAUUUUUAUUGCAAGACUGAUUGCGAUCACAGAUGCAUACCUCCUGAUGUUAUGGUCAUUAUGUCGUCUCAGGUACUUCUGCUCAACACCAUUCUAACUUAAAUCAACCGGAACAAUCAAACUGCUAGAUUUAGAAAUCACCUGUCUUGGACAAAUAUUCAAACUUAAUGCUCCAAUAAAACAAUAUGCUAUAUAAGGUGCAAUAGGUAACCCUUUACGAAUCGCAGGGAGGUUUCCUAACAAAUAUCAGUUCAGUUUAUUUUUGUUCAAGCUGAACUGAUAAUUCAAUAAAUGGAUACAAAAUUUC